GCGUGGGAACGGGACUUGAGAAUGUAGUACACAAACUUGCGGCAUGUGCCAUAGGCAUAAAUAUACAUCUCAAAUAUCCAUUUCCCACACUUCACCAGCAACCUUGCAUAGCGAUACAAUCACAUCAUUCCUUCAGAGAAAGCGAUCGAGAAACAACGGAUUUGAAAAUAAUCGAGAAAAUGUCUGAGAGAACAUGCAACGAACUGAGUCCUGCUGCCUUAGCGCGAAGGGCAAACAAACCUUUAAUGGAGAAAAAACGCAGAGAACGCAUCAACUCGUGUCUGUCUGAACUGAAACACCUGGUCCUUACUGCAAUGAAGAAAGAUACCUCUUAUCACUCAAAGCUUGAGAAGGCUGAUAUUUUAGAGAUGACAGUCAAACAUCUUAGAAACCUCCAAAGAAACCAAAUAUCAGCUGCAAUGACUGUUGACCCCAGCGUCCAGGGAAAGUAUGCUGCAGGAUUUCAAGAAUGUUCCCAGGAAGUUGUCCGUUACUUAAACACAGUGGAUGGCGUCGAUAAUGGGCUCAAGAGGCGUAUGAUUGGACAAUUGGCCAACCGUGCCCCACAUCAAGUCGCUCCAACACAACCCAUUCAGGUCCAGAUUCCCUCAGCUACUCAACUGAAUACGUCAUACACUCCUACACCUACAUUGAACACAGCGUACAGUCAACAGACCUCAAUGCCCGUAUUCCCAGGCACACAGUCAGUGCUGCUAACACCACCUGGACUUAGUGACUCUGUUCUCAUUCCUGGACAAUUACCUAAUGGAGAUGUAGCAUAUUUCUUACAAAGUUCACCUAAAGGACAAUCACCAACAGCACCUAAUGUCACCACAAUGGUGGUACCAAAUCAACAACAAACAUUGGUCAAGCAGGAAAUUAUACCCUCACCCCCUCCCUCCGUGGCACCCACUGCUCUACCCCACAGCCAAACACACGUCGCAUCACCAUCACAGGUUGGACCAAUGAAAAACUCUGUAGCUGAGAAACGGGCCGAACGUGUAUGGAGACCUUGGUAAAGAUUGUACAGAUAUAUGAAUUCUACUGUCGUGCAAUACUUAGAGCUUUAUAACAAUACAUGUAUAUUCAAGACAUUCAACAUUCAACAUACACAGUGACAUUGGCUUCUAUCCAGUCACUUAAUCGUUUUUGUGACUUAAUAGAUUCAUUGUUCUUGUAUGUAGAUGUCCCUAUGUGAUUACUGCUGAAGUAUCUUCAUAUUGUAGACUAUAAAACAUUGCAUUUUAACAGGACAUAAUACAGUGUAAUAUAUGUCUCAUGGUUUAAUUACCAAACUAAUUGAAUUAAUUGAACAUUUUUUACACAUGGAAAUUGAGAUCAAAAUAAUUCAGUGGAUUAACUGCUAAACAUGAUACAAUGUUAAUAUCAACUGCUACAAUGUUUCAAAUUACUGCUGUAAUUUUUUUAAGUUUCAAAACAUUACUAUGAUGUUAUUUCAUGUUUAAAAUUACUUAGUACAAUAAUGUUGUAUUGCUGUUUUUAAUAACUGCUGAAAUGUUACUGAGAAUAUCUGCUGUUUUUACCAAAAAGUAUUUUUGAUAAAAUGAAAAAGUUAAUCAUCAGGAUUUUGAAAUAGUUUUCAUAAGUGCAUUUAUUAUGUGUUGAAUUGAAUCAUUAACUUGUUACAUAUUAUCGUUCUUUGUCAAGUUUUAGAGUUAUUGCCACUAGUUUUAAAGAGUUAAAAUGCAUUAGUAAGAGUAAUGUUCACUGUAUAUAGAUAUAAACAAACAUGUAUGUAAAUAAGAGUUAUUUAUUUUUCUACUGUUGCAAUAAAACAUAUAAAUCUAA